CGCGAUGCACACCGGGACUUAUCGUCUCCUCGUGGCUGGUUCAGAAGGAAGACGCUAGCCCUCUGAAACUUGAGGUCGGUUUCUAGAACUAUAAGCCCGAGGCCUUCCCCUCACCUGGAGCCCACAGGCUUUUAAGACGGACCCUGAAAAGCCACUCACCAUCAGAGACCGCUGGAACUGAGGCUGCGCCAUUGUCACUGCCGGCGGCCAUGACACCGCGCUUCCCCUCUAAUCUGUGGGUACGCGGGACUUCCGCUUUGUCUCCUGGCGCGAUUUACUCAGUCCGGGGUAGGGGCAAACCCUUGCUUCCGGAAUCGCUGACGGGUCGGAGUUCGGUUCAGACCUCCCGGGUCUGGCGCACAAAAGUGGGUUCUCAGCGUUCUGGGAGUCUAUUGGCUAUCACGGUCCACCUUAGCCGGAUUGGCCGGAGCCACGCCCCCUGGAACCGUUUAAAGGAAGACACACCAGGCACCCUCCUUAGGGCCUUUACAGCCAUCAUAAAGAAGCCACAAGCAGUUAUGGGAAGUCGUCACAGGAAGCAGGCAUCCAGCCAGGAGAGAAGGGAGAAACAUGCCCUUAGCAGCAACCAGGCCAAGCCCCCUGUCCAUGAUGCCUGUGCAGGGACAGCUCCUGAAUUUCCUGAGGCCCCAGCAGGCCUCGCCAGGCGGCAGGAGGAGGUGGUAUUGCAGGCCCCUGUCUGCCUAUACCAUCUAUUCAGAGAUACAGCCGAGGUCACAGUCUUUCGGGAGAACCUGCUGAGGUGGUACGACCAAGAGAAGCGGGACCUACCCUGGAGAAGGCGGGCAGAGGGUGAGGAGGACCUGGACAGGCGGGCAUAUGCCGUGUGGGUCUCAGAGGUCAUGCUGCAGCAGACCCAGGUUGCCACGGUGAUCGACUAUUAUAACAGAUGGAUGCAGAAGUGGCCAACACUGCAGGAUCUGGCUGGCGCUUCCCUGGAGGAGGUGAACCAGCUCUGGGCUGGCCUAGGGUACUACUCUCGAGGCCGGAGGCUGCUGGAGGGAGCCCGAAAGGUGGUAGAGGAGCUAGGGGGCCAUGUUCCACGUACAGCAGAGACCUUGCAGCAGCUUCUACCUGGUGUGGGGCGGUACACAGCUGGAGCAAUUGCUUCCAUUGCCUUUGGCCAGGCAACCGGUGUGGUGGAUGGGAAUGUAGUACGGGUGCUAUGCCGCGUCCGAGUCAUUGGUGCUGAUCCCAGCAGCACCCUUGUCUCCCAGCAGCUCUGGAGCUUAGCCCAGCAGCUGGUAGAUCCAGCCCGGCCAGGAGACUUUAACCAGGCAGCCAUGGAACUGGGGGCCACAGUGUGUACCCCACAGCGCCCGCUCUGCAGCCAGUGCCCUGUGCAGAACCUGUGCCAGGCACACCAGAGGGUAGAGCAGGAACAGCUUCUAGAUUCACAGAGCCUGUCGGGAAGUCCUGACGUGGAGGAGUGUACUCCCAGCACUGGACAGUGCCGGCUGUGCACACCUCCUACAGAGCCCUGGGACCAGACCCUGGGAGUGGCCAACUUUCCCAGAAAGGCCAGCCGCAGGCCCCCUAAGGAGGAAUACUCUGCCACCUGUGUUCUGGAGCAGCUGAGGACCCCUGGGGGAGCCCAGAUUCUGCUGGUGCAGAGGCCCAGUUCAGGUCUGCUGGCGGGACUGUGGGAGUUCCCAUCUGUGACGGUGGAGCCCUUUGGGCAGCAUCAGCGCAAGGCCCUGCUGCAGGAACUGCAGAGUUGGGCCGGGCCCGUCCCAGCCACCCGCCUGCGGCACCUUGGGCAGGUGGUCCACAGCUUCUCUCACAUCAAGCUGACCUAUCAAGUAUAUGGUCUGGCCCUGGAAGGGCAGGCCCCAGUGACAAUCACACCACCUGGCGCUCGCUGGCUGACCCGGGAGGAGUUUCGCACUGCUGCUGUCUCUGCUGCCAUGAAAAAGGUGUUCCGUGUAUACGAGGGCCAGCAGCCACGGACCUGCAAGAGUUCCAAAAGAUCCCAGGUGUCUACUCUGUCCAGUUGGAAAAAGCCCAGCCCAGGCCAACAAGUCCUGGAUGGUUUCUUUCGGCCCAAAAUCCCCACUGAUGCACCCAGACUCAACAGUGUGGCCCAGUGAUACCGCUGGACGCCCCUAUCCAUUGAGAAUCCUGUUUAA